UCAGAUCACAGCACACCUACCCAGCCAAAGCCAGCCUAGCUAGUGCCAACCAAGCUCAAGCUCGAUCCAUCGAUGGCCGGGACAAAGGUGACGAUGGCGAGCGCGGUGGCCGUGGCGCUGCUGCUGGCCAUGGCGGCCGUGUCGGGCGCGGGCGCGGCGCCCGGCCCGCUGAUGAUGUGCAAUGUGGACGUGUACCGCAUGAUCGGCGCGUGCAGGUCGUACUGCGCGAGAGGCAGCCGGGAGGCUACGCCGAGCGGGCAGUGCUGCGCCGCGCUGAGGGGAGCCAACCUCCGGUGCGUGUGCCAGAAGAAGGGCCUGCUCGCGUCCGCGGGCAACAUCGACGCCCGCCGCGCCAUGCAGAUCCCCUCCAAGUGCGGCAUCGGCAACGUGCCCAGCCGGUGCUAGGUCCGUCGGACCGGCUGGUGAUCCAUCCACAGACGCGCGCAUUCCUUCUGUUUUUUUUUUCAUUAUAAGCAAAUAACGGCGUGCGUGAGUGCGAUGGAUGAUCGAUCGAUCGGCCACACUGUAGUUCGCGGUUCUCGAUUUAGAUUGAGCUUUCUUUUCGUACGUUCGUGCAUGUGCUAAUCGAGCUAGUCGUGCAAAUCGUACAUGUAUCCUCUUGUGAAUCAGUCCUUUCUUUUGUCGCCGGCUGUACCGUGCAUUGUUAUGGAAUCGCAUUCGGUACUCAUCAAUUAUUAUUA